ACAGCCAAUGGGAAGGCAUCAGUUUACUUCAAUAUUUGGACAGCCAGUGAACACCUCCAGACCAACUAGAGGAAUGAAGAGACCCAAGGCAAUGACCACUGAAUCAAGCUAUCGAUGAGUCUGAAGAUGAUGAAGAAUUUGUGUUCCAAGUGCAAGAAGCUUAAACAAGAAAAUGAUCAAUUGAAAAGAAACUUGGAGGAAAUUUUACAAAAUAAAGUUUCUGAGCCACCAAGACCUGGAAAGGUCCAUCCACUGAAUGCUCGCCGUUUUCAGCAGGCCUCCAGACGAGCAUCAGGUACUGGAUGUGCAGCAUGCCUGCUGAAUGCCUUUUACACAAAUGAGGAGUUGAAAGGCAAAAACCUAACUGGAGAAAAUGGCAUAUCAGCAAUUGAUCCAGACAUUCUAAACAGCAUCCUUGGUAAGCAUAAAUUUCAAGAUGUACAAGUUCAUAACUUAGUCAUUGCACUUCUAUGAACCACAAGUAAGUUGUGAGGGUGAAUUAAUCAAC